UGAAACUCAAUAAUUUUCGUAUGGCAUAAAAUUGAAAAAAGGGCGAUAAAAAGAGGCAAACAGCCCCAUCACACCUAGCCAGGUUAGGCAGGUGCCAGACGCUACUCCAUCUCUGAUUCCGUCUCUUUUUUUUAUUAUUAUUAUUUUCUUCUAUUUAAACCCCAACUAAACAAGUUAGCGAUCUCUCUCUCUUCUGGUUUCCAAUUUUAUUGCUAUUUUUCUUGGAGAAGCUGAAAAUGGCGGAAUCGGUGGAGUUGCCAGGUCGUUUAGCAAUUCUUCCAUUCAGAAACAAAGUUUUAUUGCCUGGCGCCUUUAUUCGAAUUCGCUGCACUUCACACAGCAGUGUUAAAUUGGUGGAGCAAGAGUUAUGGCAGCGAGAAGAGAAAGGAUUAAUCGGAAUUCUUCCGGUUCGAGAUGCUGCUGAGAUGACCUCGAUGGAUUCCGUGUUAUCUCAAGGUGUAGGAAGUGAAUCCGGAGAGCGAAGCUCAAAAGCUCAGGUUACCACAUCAGAUGUUCACAAGGUUGAUGGGAAAAACCACCCUCAAGUUAUUCAUUGGCAUAACAGGGGAGUGGCAGCACGUGCUUUGCAUCUGUCAAGAGGAGUUGAGAAACCAAGUGGGAGGGUCACAUACAUUGUCGUACUUGAAGGUUUAUGCAGAUUCAAUGUAGAGGAACUUAGCACACGAGGACCUUACUGCACUGCAAAGAUUUCUCCACUUGAGAUGACUAAGGCUGAGAUGGAGCAAGUGGAGCAAGAUCCAGAUUUUGUAACUUUGUCUCGCCAGUUCAAAGCAACUGCCAUGGAGCUUAUUUCUGUUCUUGAGCAGAAACAAAAAACUGGUGGAAGGGUAAAAGUUCUUUUGGAGACACUGCCUCUUCACAAAUUGGCCGAUAUAUUUGUUGCUAGCUUUGAGAUGAGUUUUGAAGAGCAGCUCUCUAUGUUGGAUUCUGUUGAUCCUAAAUUAAGGCUUUCAAAAGCUACCGAGUUAGUUGACAGGCAUUUGCAGUCAAUACGUGUAGCAGAGAAGAUUACACAAAAGGUUGAAGGGCAAUUGUCAAAAUCACAGAAGGAAUUUCUUUUGCGACAGCAGAUGAGGGCCAUAAAAGAGGAGCUUGGAGACAAUGAUGAUGAUGAGGAUGAUUUGGCUGCCCUGGAAAGAAAGAUGCAGAGUGCAGGGAUGCCCUCAAAUAUCUGGAAGCAUGCACAGAGGGAGUUGAGGAGGCUUAAGAAAAUGCAACCACAGCAACCUGGAUAUAAUAGUUCACGCGUUUACCUGGAGCUACUUGCUGAUCUGCCUUGGCAAAAGGCUAGCGAAGAACAGGAAUUGGAUCUUAAAGCUGCUAAAGACCGCCUCGACUGUGAUCAUUAUGGUUUAGUGAAGGUCAAGCAACGGAUUAUCGAAUAUCUGGCUGUUCGCAAGCUUAAGCCAGAUGCAAGAGGUCCUGUUCUGUGCUUUGUUGGCCCACCAGGUGUGGGGAAAACAUCAUUAGCAUCAUCAAUUGCUGCUGCUUUGGGAAGAAAAUUUGUUCGUAUUUCCCUAGGUGGUGUCAAGGAUGAGGCUGAUAUCCGAGGGCAUAGGAGAACAUACAUUGGAAGCAUGCCAGGGCGUCUUAUUGAUGGGUUAAAGAGAGUAGGUGUUUGCAACCCAGUCAUGUUAUUGGAUGAGAUUGACAAGACAGGUUCUGAUAUGCGUGGUGAUCCAGCUUCAGCUCUACUGGAGGUUCUUGAUCCUGAGCAGAAUAAAUCUUUCAAUGACCACUAUUUGAAUGUGCCAUUUGACCUGUCAAAGGUGAUUUUUGUGGCCACCGCAAAUAGGGUGCAGCCUAUUCCUCCUCCACUAUUGGACAGGAUGGAAGUCAUUGAGCUGCCUGGGUAUACAGCUGAAGAAAAGCUCAGAAUAGCCAUGCAAUAUUUGAUUCCACGAGUGUUGGAUCAGCAUGGAUUGAGUUAUGCGUUCCUUCAAAUUCCAGAGGACAUGGUUAAACUUGUCAUUCAAAGGUACACCAGGGAAGCUGGUGUUCGUAAUCUGGAGAGGAACCUGGCUGCUUUGGCUCGUGCUGCUGCUGUAAGAGUUGCUGACCAGGAACAGGCUGUCUCAGUUAGCAAAGAUAUUCAUAAGCUAGCUUCUCCGCUGCUGGAUAACAGGCUCGCUGAGGGAGCUGAGAUGGAAAUGGAAGUUAUUCCGAUGGGUGUAAAUAAUCAUGAGAUAUCAAAUGCAUUCAGAAUUGCCUCACCUUUGGUUGUUGAUGAAGCUAUGCUGGAAAAAAUAUUGGGGCCUCCUAGGUAUGAUGACCGAGAAGCUGCAGAUCGCGUAGCCACUCCUGGAGUGUCUGUUGGACUUGUUUGGACCACUUUUGGAGGAGAGGUUCAAUUUGUGGAGGCUACAGCAAUGGUUGGAAAUGGUGAAAUGCAUCUUACUGGGCAACUUGGUGAUGUUAUUAAAGAAUCAGCCCAAAUAGCACUGACAUGGGUAAGAUCCAGGGCAGCGGAACUUAAGUUGGCAGCUGCUGAGGAAACCAAUCUGCUGCAGGGUAGAGAUAUUCAUAUACAUUUUCCUGCUGGGGCUGUACCAAAGGAUGGGCCUUCAGCUGGUGUGACCCUUGUAACAGCAUUGGUUUCACUGUUUAGCCGGAAAAGUGUAAGAGCAGACACAGCAAUGACUGGAGAAAUGACACUGAGGGGUCUUGUGUUACCGGUUGGUGGUAUCAAGGAUAAGAUACUAGCAGCACACCGAUAUGGUAUCAAGAGAGUUAUUCUGCCCGAGAGAAAUCUGAAGGACUUAGUUGAAGUACCUGCAGCUGUGCUCUCAAGUCUAGAGAUUCUGCUUGCAAAGCGAGUCGAAGACGUGUUGGAGCAUGCAUUUGAUGGGGGAUCCCCUUGGAGACAACACUCAAAAUUAUGACAAAGUCUUCAAAGCCACAUCUAACAUGCCUCUGGUGACCAAAUUGUUCGGCUUGUCUCUUCUCUAUAACAUACAGUUCCAAUAUUUGUUCAGUUGCUGCCUUUGGCAAUUAAGGAUCCAAGCCAUGUAAAUGAGAUCAGCAGUCAUGGUCCAGCAAAGAGAGUUUAACCAUUUGCAAAUGGGCUUAUGUAGUUGAAUUUUGAAGUUUCCAGUGGCAAUUGCUGGUAUGUAUUUUUCUUGCUCUCAACAAGCUGUAUUUUCCAAGGCAAUGCGUCCGAUGCCUUCUAAUUUAUUAUUAUUAUCCCAUUUCCUCCACAUUUUUUUGUUUCUAUAUAAUUUUUAAGCACCCAAUGUAUGAUAAUAUUUUUCAAUUAA